AGCGCCCGGCACCGCCCGCUCCUCCGCCCCAUAAAUAGCGGGCGGGCGGCACUGCCCGGCACCGCUGCGAACCCGCCGGGACGAGCUGAACCGAGUCAACCAACCCACCCGAGCCAUGGACCCUCAGGACUGCACGUGUGCUGCUGGUGACUCCUGCUCCUGCGCCGGGUCCUGCAAGUGCAAGAACUGCCGCUGCCAGAGCUGCCGCAAGAGCUGCUGCUCCUGCUGCCCCGCGAGCUGCACCAACUGUGCCAAGGGCUGCGUGUGCAAGGAGCCGGCCAGCAGCAAGUGCACCUGCUGCCACUGAACUGCUCGCCUCUGCCUGUAAAUAGCCAGCAUGCUUCGGGGACGGGAGGUGGGGGGCACAGAAAAUACUUUUUUUUUUUUUUUUAAUGUUUUGUAUUGUCUGCACCAGUGGUGAAACUGGAUGAAAAUAAAAGACUUUGACCAGA